GCUUCAUCCCACCGAAACCAUGGACCACUUCCCAAUCGAUUUCCCAAUAAUCAAUUCGAAAAAUGGGGAGAAAGAAAACAGAGCAAGCAUUUCUUCAUCGUCCUGAUGCUCAGGAAUUCCCCCCCUGCUUUCUUUAAUCAAUGGCGACAGCUGAAUCCCAUAAAAUUUGUGAUAAAUUCUGGCGAUCUGAUGCUUUCAUUGCCAAGUGGGUCACCCGGGUUUCCUCCUCUUUUUCUUCUCCCCCUCCCCCUGGCAUUCAUUCCACGGUUCUCUCUCGCUAGAUUGUUCUGAUCUUUUUCUCUCCUCUGUCGCUCUGACCCCUGUUUCAGACUGUCCUUGCUCUGCUUCGCAGAGUCCCGAAACUUCGGCUUCCCUCUCUCGACCUCUGUUUACCCGGGAGCCCUUCGCAUAGGGACGGGUGCCUUUGCGACCCGCACCGAUCUUUGAUGCGGGAAGUCCGCAUUUCCUCUUCGAAGUUCGGAUUUUUUGCGAGGUUCUCACGAGCUUUUCUGGUGUUUCCCCUGUGAACGAGUCUCGAAUUUUGGAGGGAUUCUUGUUUUGUAAGCUUGGGUUCGACUUAAAGUCUCGAUUUUGAGUGGUCGCGACUCUUCGGAGGAGGGGUUUUGGAGGUUUUUGUUUCGUGGGUAUCGAUGAAAGCAGAGUCGGCUUGAGUUUUCUUCAAGGGUUUGGAGAGAGAAUUCUGACAAGGGAAACCUCUCUCUCUCUCUCUCUCUCUGAAAUCGUGGUUAAUAAUAAGGGCGCAAUGCAAUUGGAAUCAAAUCUUGAUCGCUUCCUACGUCGAACUUCACCAGUAGUUCGAUCCCAGUUUCUCCCCCAGACUGAGAUUAGGAAACUGAAUAGCUUGUGGCAUCCAUGGGAGAGAGAAAAGGUUGAGUAUUUCACAUUGGAGGAUCUGUGGCACUGUUAUGAUGAAUGGAGUGCAUAUGGGGCUGGAGUCCCCAUUGUCUUGAGCAGUGGGGAGACCUUAGUUCAGUACUACGUGCCGUAUCUAUCUGCGAUUCAAAUCUUCACCAGCAGUUCGUCUGUCAACCGCUUCAGGGACGACGUGGAAUUGGGAGAAUGUGAGAUUAGGGAUUCCUUCAGUGAUUCAUGGAGCGAGGAGAAUGAGAAUGAGAAGUUGUGGCGAUUGGAUGGGUGCUCCUCUGACGAUGGAGGAUCGGAGCAAGAUAGCCCAUGGCAUCUGAACGAGAGAUUGGGUUACCUUUAUGUGCAGUACUUUGAGAAAUCAACUCCUUGUACAAGAGUUCCUCUGAUGGAUAAGAUCACCGAAUUAGCUCGAAGGUACCCGGGUUUGAAGUCAUUGAGAAGUGUAGAUCUAUCGCCGGCUAGUUGGAUGGCGGUCGCUUGGUAUCCAAUAUAUCACAUCCCCAUGGGAAGAACCAUAAGGGACUUAUCCACAUGCUUCCUCUCUUACCACACUCUCUCGUCUUCAUUUCAAGAUAUGGAUAUUGAAGAUGACAUAGAGUGUGCUCAAAGGAAGAGAAAGGAAGGGGAAGGCAUCUCACUGCCUCCAUUCGGGCUAGCCACUUACAAGAUGCAAGGAAUCGUGUGGGCAUCGGGGAAGAGUGGCCGGGACCAAGAGAGGCUGAUGUCGCUUUCGAGUGUGGCCGACUCAUGGUUAAAGCAGCUUAGGGUCCAGCACCCUGAUUUCAGCUUUUUCACGGGUUCUUGGCGUGGGUAAGAUCCUUAAACCACUCGAUCUCCAAGUCGUACUGACGAGUCGCUUCCUUAAGCGAGAGAUCAAAAGCUGAUUGUCAAUUGUGUCCCAUCAUUACUGGCCCUUUUGAGAGGGUUCUGUGGUGGAGCUCAGUGCCUAGAUAUGGCGAGACAUACGUAUAUCAAGUGAUUUCUACAUAUGAUGGUGUCUGUACUUCUUAGGCCCUAAUCGAGACUGACCAUGGGGUUGCGGUGGAUCUGUAUGAGUUUUGUGUUGGGAGGCAAAUUGUGACACUUUGACAUGCAUCAUGUGUAUCGUGCGAUGCCGGACGAAUGAUUGCCUUUGUUGUGAUGUAGCCAUGGAGAAGAGGCAGUCCUCUCCAUGGUGAUGUACCAAUUUUUGUAUAGAUGUAUGUAAAUCCUCUUUCACGCA